UCAGAGGAGAACGCUUCGAUUGGAGGAAAUUUCCGGAGAAAGUAGUGCGCGUGGUUCCCUUAUUGUGGGAGCUGCAGUUUUUGACUCGGAUUGUCUUCGUCGUCCGGACUAAGUUGGACCUGUUUUUAACCUGCCUGUGUAAAACGCAGUGAUAUCAAGUUACGCUUCGUAGCGUGGGUGCGGUGCGUGUCGAGCCGCUUUAGCAAGCUAGCAAGUGUGCAACCGAUGGUAAUUUGGCCUGAACUUUUCUGGUUCUGGGAGCUCCCGGUGCCUGCCAAAUAUGGCAAGCGAGCUAACAAGGUACCACUAAUGAAGGAACUUCAGAAUUAUGCUUCUGUCAAGCAUUUUAACAAAUGAAGGAAAAGAAGUUCUCAUUUCGAAUUGGCCUUUUAGUUGAUUUUCUUCUGAGGAUGAUAAACAUUGAUUUGGUUUAAUGAGAUAAAUGUAUUAGUGACAUCAAUCAUUUUUUAUUCCAGCUUUUUGGACAAUCUAUCAAUUUCCUUAUUUUUCAUAUAUUUAUUACAAUCUGGUUUUUUUAAAGUUCAGUUUUAAUUAUUCAGCAUUAUGGGUUUUUUCCUUCCAAAAAGAAAUUGGGUUUUGCACACAUUAACAUUCCUCUCUGUGUCAAAGCAAAACUUCCCAGCUGUAUGUAGGUGUUUUACUUCUACUACAUCAUGUAGAUGGGCAGAGUCCACAUAUCCUAAAGACUUUCAUCCAGAAAUUAAAAUAAAAGAUGGCAAUAUGACAAAGAAAAAAGCUGGUAAAGAUAGAGUUGCCCCAAAGCUUUUCAGUGCAUUUAUGGCUGGAUCAUCCAAGAUGAGGGCAAUACAAAAUACAAAUAAUGCAGUUGCAAAUGAUUCUUUUAGUCCUUUAAACACAGUCUCUCCUCCAGACACACCUUUGAGUGCCAAGGAAUGGGAGAAGUUAAAAGAAGAACAUCAACACUUAAAAAAAUUUGAAGAUGUUAUGUUUGACAGCAUGAUAAAUAAUCAUAGCCCAGUAGAUGUGGCUAAAUCCUUGCUGGUUGCAGUGGCUAAGCGUGAUGGAGAUAUUGAAUAUAGUUAUUUGGUGAAAUACUUGACUCUAUGUGUUUUUCAUAAGAACGUGGGAGAGAUUUACGACAUCUAUAAUAUUAUGAAAGCCAAAUAUAAAUCUUUAGAAGCAUCAGCUUAUUCUUUGCUCAUCAAAGGCUUGAGUGAAACCCCACACUGGAGAGAGACCUUGGUACUACUGGAAAAGGUUAAAAAAGUCUCAUUCCAUUCAAGACAAAAUUAUGGAGACUGUAUUGAAGGUGCCCUACUCAACCAAGAAAGAAACCUUGCAUUUGAAUUGUUUCAUGAGAUGGUAGCUGAAAAUCUGAUUCCUGCUUUGACAACAAUAAAGCUUUUCUUCGACUUUUGCCAACCUGUGAAGGAUGACCAUUUAAAAAACAAAUGUAUUGAUAUCCUCUACUACUUAAGAGAGAAUGAAAUUUAUCCUGAUGAAUCUCUCAUGUUGAGCAUAAAGCAGUGGUUUGAAAGUAUUCCAGGGGAGAACUGGAAAGGAAAUUUAACAAGCAUGAAUAAAAGCAGGCAGUGUCCAUCUUGUGGUCACCUUUUGGAAGAUAUUAAUCUGAGUGAGGAAGAAUUCAUCAAUGUCAAGGAAAAAAUAAAAAAGGAUGUGAUUGAAGGCACUGAUAUAUUUCGGAAUACAUCUCCCCAGGAAUUAGAAUGUUUUCAAAGAUUUGUGAAUGAACAUCCCCCUUUUGAUGUUGUGAUCGAUGGCCUCAAUGUUGCCAAGACAAGCCCUCUAAAUCCUUCAUCUAAAACUUUGCUGGAUGUGGUCAACUACCUAGCACAGAAGUAUCAUCGAUUGCUUGUCCUCGGGCGUAGACACAUGCUGAAACAUUCGUUUCAGUGGAAAAAAAGAGACAUGGAUGACAUACAGCAAAAAGCAGAUUUCUUCUUUACUGAUAAUAUGUCUAAAGAUGAUCCAUUUCUACUCUAUGCCACUUUUCACUCAGGUGGUCACUGUAUGAUAGUAACUAGAGAUCUAUUACGGGAUCACAGAGCUGUUCUUUCUGAUAAUGUUACUCGUCGCUUGUUUUUUAAAUGGCAACGUGGACAUCAGAUGGUGGUGUCAAGCUAUGUACCAGGAAAGAUAUUAACAUUUGAGGAUGCUUUGCCAUAUGAUACACUUGUGCAGACUGAUGGUAACACAUGGCAUAUUCCCUAUGAUGACAACUUGUCCAAGAGAGUUUCUUACGAAAUUCCAGUGAAGUGGCUCUGUCUUCAGAAGAAAUAAAAGAUGAUUUUUUGUUCAAAGUGAAAAUAUAUGCAUGGCACCUUUUAUUUCAAAUAAAUUUCAAACAAACUAGUUAAAAUGUAUUCAUUUUCUACAAACAAUACUUAAUUCUACAAAUAUUGAAAAUUGUGAUGCAACAUUUAUGAUUGAUAAAUGUAAUUGUGGUUUAAACCAAUUGCUUUUUUGAUGUCUUAGGAGUUGUAUAUCCUUCUUUCUCUAUUUUUCAUCAGUAACUAUAUAUUUUUCUUAUGUUUCUCCUUUCCAGAUCAGAGUCUCGGUACUAUAUAGCUCAUCUUCUGAGAAACAAUUAGAAUUAUACUAUUCAUAUGCUCCAAUUUUCUCAAUUUGGUGGGUUGUGAUAAGCAGGGAGGGAAUGAAGGGCACUAAAUAUUGAAAGAGUGACUGAGAAACAGUUAGCUCUCUUAUGGAAUUUCCAGGUUAUACAGCUUCAAGAAUGGAGAUACCAUGAACAAAAUUUAAAAUACAGAUAGAAAUUUACUAAAAUGUAACUGCGUCUGGAGUUCCCAUUUGAAAGGAGACUAAUUCAAAAUUUGUACACCAGAAACUGGAGUAUCCGGAGGUUUUCCCUUCCCUUCCCAGUUAUGGAUAUAUUAUUAUCCUCUUUAAUACUGGAAAUUUUGAUUACAGUAUGUAUCAUCCUUGAAAUUCUUUCCAGCUAGUCAGCCUACAUUAGCAAAUAUUAAGCAGAAUUGAUACAGUAAAUGAAUGAGGUACAUAAAAUGAAUGUACAUUUGGAAUAAAAUAAGAAAUUUCAGUUAAUAUUGAUUUUAACACCCUUACAGUUCUAAAUAAAAUUGUAGCUUGUUUUUUAAAGCAAUUAUUUGUAUUUUUUUCACAAAUAACAGCAAAAAUGUGUUCAAUGGCUUUUUUUAGAACGUGAUGUAAUAGUAAAAGAUAAAAAAUGGUAGCUGAUUUUUAUGU